UGGACAGUUGCAUCAGUUCCUGUGUGUGCGUGUAAAUAGCUGUGCUGUGCCGUAGCUGCUCCACGCUACUUUUUAUUCCCAGGACGCAGAAUAGUAAUAAAUCCUCCUCUGCUUGGAAAGGCAUAAUAAAGACGUCACCCUCCUGCUCGGGUUGGCUCAACCAAGCCAAGUGCGCAGCUAUUUGUAAGCUACAACAACAACAACCUCCAGCACCAUGCCCAUGGAUAACGUAGGGAUUUCUCUGAGAUCCCCUCGCCGUACGGAGACGAUAUCUGCGUCAGAUCCAUAGCAAAGACAGCCUUUGAUUCCUCUGGAUCUUUCUACUAAAAAAAAAAAACACACACACACACACACAGAGGGACUUGAUCGUGUUACGGGGCUCUUGUCGCAACAAAUAGGACGCAAGACGUGGAUUUGAAGCCAUGGAGGAAACAGCUGUUGAAACGGCAGCCUCUACCACCGGUGCCACCCCACCACCCCCAAGACCUCAGCCUUCCUCCUAUGCACCCUCCCACAGUCUGCUGGAGUGGAGACGGAGAGUCAAGUCUGAGUAUAUGCGCCUUCGCCAGUUAAAACGCCUUAAAAAAGCAGAGGAAGUCAAGACCCUGUUUAUGUCCAACAGGCAAAGGAUUGAGCAACAGACAAAUCUCCUGAAUGAAGAUUGGUCCAAGCUCAGGAUUCAGUCCAUCCCUUUGUCAACUUCAAGUGGAGCUGUGGCCAACAAGAAGAUGUGUACAGUGGAGUUUGGCUUCCCAGGAUUCAAAGCUCAAGCCAUUGCCAUGAGACCAUUGUCAACAGUGGCAGGAAUCCCCUUUAUGUACUCCUGGUCACCUCUGCAGCACAACUUCAUGGUAGAAGAUGAGACGUUCCUUCACAACAUUCCAUACAUGGGUGAUGAGGUACUGGAGCAGGACGAGGCCUUCCUGGAGGAACUCAUUGACAACUAUGAUGGUGUCCAUGGUGACAGAGAGGGGGGCUUCAUCAGCGACGAGAUCUUUAAACAGCUGGUGGAGGCCUUGACCCAGUACUCUGACCAUGAGGAAGAGGACGAGGAGGAAGCUGCGGCGGUGGCGGUGACAGAGGCGGCGGGAAAGAAGGAGGAAGAGAGAGCGAUGAGGAGGAGUUCAGUGGAGGGUUCAGAAGAGACCAAAGCUGGGACUGUGGCGUUCAUCAGAAGAAAGAGGAGGAACACUACUGAGGCGAGGGACCUGACCGGCAGCAAGAAGAUCCCCAAUGAUACGAUAUUUACAGCCAUCGCCUCAAUGUUCCCUUACAAGGGCACCACGGAGGAGCUGAAGGAAAAGUACAAGGACCUCCUGGAGCCCCCUAGCCCAGUCAAGCUGCCCCCCCUCUGCACCCCCAAUCUAGAUGGACCCUUUGCUAAGUCUGUGCAGCGGGAGCAGUCACUACACUCCUUCCACACACUCUUUUGCAGACGUUGCUUCAAAUACGACUGCUUCCUUCACCCUUUUCAUGCCUCACCCAAUGUUUACAAGAGGAAGAAUAAGGAGAUCCGAAUUGAGACUGAACCAUGUGGUGUGGACUGCUUCCUGUUACAGAAAGGGGCUAAAGAGUUUGUGGAUCAGAAUAUGUUGCGGUCACAGAGGACUCGGAAGCGGCGGAGGCAGCAGCGUGCCACCAACUCCAGCUGUCCUGGGCCUUCUGGGUCUGCUGAGGAAAGCAAAGAGGCCGACAGUGACCAUGAGACCACCUCCUCCUCAGAAGGGAAUUCGCGAUGCCAGACUCCCACUAAGUUACGUCCAGGGGAUGAUGAUGGGGAGCAGCAGGCGUGCUGUGUGGUCCAGUGGAGUGGGGCGGAGGAGUCACUGUUCAGGGUGCUGCACGGCACAUACUUCAACAACUUCUGCUCCAUUGCUCGACUCAUCGGUACAAAGAACUGCAAAGAGGUCUACGAGUUUGCAGUGAAGGAGGUCCUGAUCCAUCGUGUACCUUUAGAGGAUGGAGGCAUCUCUCCCCAAAAGAAGAAAAGGAAACACAGGUUAUGGGCAAAGAUUCAGCUAAAGAAAGAUAACUCAUCCAAUCAGGUGUACAACUACCAGCCAUGUGACCACCCUGACCACCCAUGCGACAGCUCCUGCCCGUGUGUGAUAACCCAGAAUUUCUGUGAGAAGUUCUGCCAGUGCGAGAACGAGUGCCAGAACCGAUUCCCAGGCUGCAGGUGUAAGACACAGUGUAACACUAAACAGUGUCCCUGCUACCUGGCCGUGAGGGAGUGUGACCCAGAUCUGUGCAUGACCUGCGGUGCUGCAGACCACUGGGACACCUCGGUGGUCUCCUGCAAGAACUGCAGCAUCCAGAGAGGCCUAAAAAAGCAUCUGCUGUUGGCACCAUCAGAUGUCGCCGGGUGGGGCACCUUCAUCAAAGAGUCUGUUCAGAAGAAUGAGUUCAUCUCAGAGUAUUGCGGAGAGCUGAUCUCUCAGGAUGAGGCGGACCGACGUGGCAGAAUCUAUGACAAAUAUAUGUCUAGCUUCCUUUUCAAUUUGAACAAUGACUUUGUUGUGGAUGCCACACGAAAAGGGAACAAAAUCCGCUUUGCAAAUCAUUCAGUUAAUCCCAACUGUUACGCAAAAGUGGUGAUGGUGAAUGGAGACCACCGUAUUGGAAUUUUUGCCAAACGAGCAAUCCUGCAAGGAGAGGAGCUUUUCUUCGACUACAGAUACAGCCAAGCCGAUGCCCUCAAAUAUGUGGGGAUAGAGAGGGAGGUAGACAUGACUUAGCUGCACCUGCUGCCUACCUCCAUAACUUGUCCUUAACUCCUCAGCCACCCACUAACGCUUCUGUCCCUCUCUGCAGCGUCACACCUAGCUGACGAGUUUCUUUGUGCAGGCACUGUGUCUGCUCUCUCUGCUGCACUUCCAAAAAUAGAAAGUCCCUCCCCCCGCUGUUUGCAGGUGCUUCUGCUCUGCAGACAAUGUACCACCUCCCUCAAUGACAGCCGUCAGCUCUCCCCCUCAUCUUCCCGAAUUCAGCCACCUUGCAAGACUGUGUACGCCAAGCUUAUGAAAUUAAACUAUUUAAAGUGGAAAUACUAUUAAUCUGUAUUGCUUACUGCACCAAGAGGAUCACACCUUUUAUUUUUGUUCCAUCUUGUCAAAGCAAAGAGGCUACGAUUAUUCAUCAUACAGUGUGUUACUCUCUCAGCAGUUUUGUUACUGUACUUAUAGACUGGCUUUUGUUUGACCUCUCAAUACUUAAUGCAAGCUUUUACAUCGUACCUAAUAAUGAUCAGUGAAAUGCAUGUGCUGUCUCUUGGAUAAACAAACCAUUAAACAUGUUAGUCACAGCAUUAGCGUCAGUCAGAUGCUGCUCUAUGCAGUUACUCAAUAUGUAGUGUGAUGUUACCCGCUAGCUGGUCUUCAGAAGAACUCGACCAUGCUUGUUCCUCUGUGAACCUUUACAGCAGCUAGCAUCACCACCACAUCUUUAUGGUGAAAUAAGUUAUUGUGCAUUUAUAUCAUUGUUCUGCAAAAAUAGGCAACCAGACAAGAAACCGACUGACUGAAUGUAACCUAUAGAUGAUGGUGAAGAGAUCUCAUUCUGUUUUUAAUUUUACACUUUUUCCCAUACUAUUGGUACUCAAAGCAACGCACAUGCAAAUCUAACAUUUGUCAUCUCGUUUACAUGAUCUUAAGGCCUUCACACUUUGUGAGGCAAAUAAUUAAUAAAUGAACUAGUCACACAUUAAAUGUCUUCCUUUUAAAAAACAAAUAAGUGCCAAAUGAUUCCACACAGAAAAAGACUGUAACCAUGUGGAUGUGUUGCAUAAUUAACGGAGCUGUGUUGAAGGUAAACGUUACAAGGUUAUGACUAUGGAAAAAGCAAAAUGAUCAGUGUUUGACCAAAUAUUAAAGUCCCCCACAUGUGAAUGUAAAAUAUCACUUAUCAUCUUUUCGUUUGUUUUUUUACGUCCAGAUUUGUUAUUCACUCUGUUUUUCAUUCAUUAAAACAAUAAAGCCCACAUUGAAAUGAGAUUUCUCAAUAGAAAUGAACAAAAUGGAGUUUACGGCUAUGUACAGUGUAUGCCUAUAAAAAUUAAAGGUUUAACUUUAUACA